AGUAGCCAUUGUUGUUAAAUAAUAUAUAUGCAAAUAAAACAGCCGACAAACCGUACUGUAUUGAAAAAGGCUUAGGCACGACGGGGGUGUGCGGUAGCAACGAUGGGAGCGAGGGGCUGGUCUGGGGACGACUACAGGACGGGCGAUGGCGCUGAACGGCGGAGAAGAAGUUGCGGAAGAAGGAGCUUCUCAGCCUCUCAGGGCAACCAACCCUGCACAGCCACCCGGACUCUCCGGACUUACAGGAGCUUGCGCGCUCAGCAGGCUGUCGCCGUUCAACCCAGCUUCUCUCAACGUCACCAUUGCAGACAUUAUUGUCACGGAAUUCAACACCAGACACAUACAACACCUCCGCCGGCCACAGCAGCCUUCCCAAGUGGCUGGACUUCGGCUCCCCACUCUCCUUUUCGCUUUUGAGCUACUGUGGACUUGGGAAUCAGCACGCAAAGACAAAAACCCCCGCCGAUGGGGUGCAAAGGGCGCGCCAGAUUCAACUACCCUGCACGCUGGAGGAACGGAACACAGUACAUUCCCGGUUGCAUUGGUUGUGAGAGACACACCUGACUUUCGGCGAGUCUCAAAGGAUGUUUACAUGAGGAUAAUGGAAUUCGGUUAUUAUCCAAUGAUGGGGGCUGGGGCAUACGAGCCAUAUGCAUGCAAACCGUGCGUCGAAAAUGGAGGACGCUCGGUUGGAUGACGAGUGGAGGAGUGCAGAGAGCUGAUGGAUCUGGGGCAGCGGAGGGGGUGGAUGAUGAUGUUUACGUGCAGGUGGA